GAGGAAAAUUGUUGAUUUUACGCACACGGGAUAAAAUCCCGGGAAGGAACAGAAGGAGGAGAGAGAAAGCUUGCGCGCGCUCUUCUCUGUUCAAUUUUCAUCUGAAAAAGUAAAGCGAGAGAGAGCAAGAGACGUCAUACACACACAGAACCCUCGUGGAGUUCGAGAGGGUUUCACCUCUCUCCCUCUGAUAAAUUUUGAUGCGCGUGCGCACCUGAAAUUUCCAUGUUGUGCUUCAGUUCUUCGCGACACCUCGUGAAAUGCGCGCCGUUUUUGUGUUUUGCCUAACGGAUCGGUCGCUCGUGUCGUGUCGUCACCACUCGUGUACACGCACACCAUCCGCGAAUCUGAUUCGUCCGUGGCCGGACGAUCGUGACUUCCUGCCUCGUGCGUGUCAUUCUAAAACACCGUGGCCACCGACUCUCAUGCCGGUCACUAGAACUUAACUCUCAAUCUUACUCAUCUUCUUCGAUAUUAUCCCUCAUUUCAAAGAAAAAAAAAACAAAAAAAAAAUUCUCCAUUUUCCUUUUUUUUAACAAUUGAUGGAGAAAAUGAAAUAGGAGAAUUUGAUUAAAAAAAAUUUUUUUUUCAACGAGAGUAAGAGAACACGUGACUUGGAUGCUGCGAAUCACAAACUCGAAAGAUUAGAAACAUGAUUCUUGGACAAUGCUCGUCAUGAACUAUUUUGACGAUGAGAUUCAAAAGAUUUCUUGAGGAAAAUUAAUUUUAUCAAAAUGAAUACAAGUUCCUUGUUAGUCAAACGAAAAGGAAGUGAAGCUGUGAUUUGCACAUGGAUAAUUAAAUAGAAUUAUUUUAGAAAUAUUGGAAAAAAAUGUAAUGGGAGGAGAGAAGUUCUGGUGGACAUGGGGAAUGGCACGUGGAACCGUACCAAACACAAGCCUUCUGAUUGCAUCUGAGGGAACCUUUUGGAACGCCUCUACCGAACAAGAGGCCUUUAACGUCACAGGGAACUUAACUUGGUACAACCCCGGUAAUUUCUCCGAGGAGAAACAUGAUUUUCUCCUCAUGAUAGUGACCGCCAGCUUUCUCGCCCUUCUCAUUCUAAUCACCAUUAUUGGCAACGUUUUCGUGAUAGCCGCCAUUGUACUGGAACGCAAUUUGCAGAGUGUAGCCAAUUAUUUGAUUCUCUCUCUUGCCGUUGCGGAUCUUCUAGUGGCUCUUUUAGUCAUGCCUUUGGGAGCCGUGUACGAAGUGUCUCAUGAAUGGGCUCUCGGACCGGAACUUUGUGACAUGUGGACCAGCAGUGACGUUCUGUGCUGCACAGCCUCGAUAUUGCAUUUGGUUGCCAUCGCUCUCGAUAGAUAUUGGGCGAUCACGAAUAUAGACUACAUUCAUCAUAGAACGGGUAGAAGAAUUGGCGUAAUGAUAGCAGUCGUUUGGUUGGUAGCAUUUCUCGUGUGCAUUGCUCCAUUACUUGGAUGGAAAGACCCGCAUUGGGAAACACGAGUAAUCGAUGAGAAAUCAUGUGUUGUCAGUCAGGAUAUUGGAUAUCAGAUAUUUGCAACCGCAUCAUCAUUUUAUCUUCCCUUGUUUGUCAUUCUCGUGCUUUACUGGAGAAUAUUUCAAACGGCGCGUAAACGUAUUCGAAGAAAACCAGGACAACCUCCUGCCCAAGGUGUAACAAGGUCAAUGGGUGAUCCACCCAGACAGAUAGGGGGUACACAUGCCGUUGGAGGGGCGUUGGCUCAAGCUCAAACUUCCGGAGGAAUUGCAGCUGCGGUUGUUGCUGUUAUCGGUCGACCCUUACCCACAUUAUCCGAAACGACCACUACGACGAAUAACACGGUAUUGACGACCGCAAGUUCAGCUAAUACGUCACCGGAAAAAACUUCGUAUCACAAUGGUCUGGAGCCAGAUCCACCGACGGAUGCAUCACCACGACCAGUAACAAUUCGUAGGAAAAAAAUAGCCGCCGAAUCGAAACGCGAAAGAAAAGCGGCGAAAACAUUAGCAAUAAUCACCGGUGCAUUCGUCGUUUGCUGGCUACCAUUUUUUGUCUUAGCCAUUUUACUACCAAUGUGUAAGACAUGUAAUAUCAGUGAUCAUCUAAUAGCCUUUUUUCAAUGGCUCGGGUAUUUCAAUUCUACUCUGAAUCCAGUGAUCUACACAAUAUUCUCGCCGGAAUUUAGAAGCGCUUUCAAGAAGCUACUGUGCAGGCACAGAAGGAGCGUUGGACGAAGAUUAGGCACUCGCCAUUAUAUGUAAAAUUUCGAGAGAGAAAAAAAUUAGCUUUAGUGUUAGUAGUUCAAAAUAUUAACCUGUUCUUAUUUAUUUAUUUUUUUUUUGUUUUCUAAAUUUUCCAAGAGCACGCAAAAAUAAUUUCAAAAUAAUUUUGG